AUGAACCACGAAACCAAGGAAGUCAUCCUCAAGGUCACCGAUGUCGUCAAGACCGUUGUCCACUUCGGCUUCAUCCCAUUUGUGAUCUACCUCGGUAUGGGCGAACAGGAAGAAUCAGCAGGAUAUCAGCAAGAUGAAGAGACGUUUUCAUGGGCGUCAGACGAACUUUUGAGCUCGGAGGAGGGGAAGGAGGGGGACGAACAGGAAAACGAGGCGCCUUCAGAGGGCAAUGCAGAAACUACAGCUAUCAACAUCAGCGCCGAAACCGCUGCUGCUACUGCGAGUCUGGACGCCGCGGACAUCGAAAUGUACAAGCAGCUGAUUGACAUCCCAAAGACGACGACAGACCUUGGCGACUCAGGCGAGUGGAAACCGAUCAGGAUCUUGGACGAUUUUGUCAUCUAUAACAAAAACAAAAGCCGGCCGGGAUAUGGAUUUCGCUUCUCGGAUCUAGAAAAGUGUCUUGACAGUUACUGCGAGAUUGGGAUCAGCGAGAAAGUUCGACCUGCGUUGACCAAGCAUGGACGGAUCUUUGGUCGCAAGAAGGUUCAGUCGGCGGAGGCUGGGACUCAAGGCAAAGGAUCCACUAUCCACCUAUCGAAAGUCCUUGGCUGGGGUAUGGAGAUAGUCGAUAACGAUGAGAGCUAUCUGUGGGUCAAGACUCAAUUCGCGACGUACAUCUUGGGUUCACCAGCAUCAAUGUACGGCGCAGUCUAUGACGACCUGUUCAAGAAACCCCGGUUGAUAAACCUGCUGAUGGUGGCCCUGAUUGCCGGUCGGGACGUGACUCUGGACAAUUUUAUGUCGAACAUGCGCUACACCAAAGCUGGCGCGUGCAAUCGGUCACCGAGACGCGUCCUUGCAGGAGGGCCGCCUGUCAGAUCGAACUGGGACCAACCCCUGACACAGUCGGACCUUAUGGCUCAUAGCGCGUACGUUCAGGAGGAAAUUAUGUUGUGGUGGAAACAGUACAGUCUACCAUGGGAGGUGAGUCUCACUCCACCGAUCUUUGAUGAGCUGAGAUAG